AUGACGAAAAUGUACACGUGCAUUGAAAUAUUUCCCGUGGAAUUAUGGCUUGAAAUCUUCCGAUAUCUCACAUGUAAACAUAUAGCUUUGGCAUUUGGUAGACUGAAUUCGUUCUUCGAUUCUAUUCUGAGUUCUCCUCAACUUCCAACGAUCAUUCGAGUACGAAUAGGCUUUGCUCCUGCAUGUCCUUCCGCCCAGAAUUUUGAAAAGUCCAGUGCGCUGAAGAUAGAAUGGAUUCAAGCAUUGGACACGUAUGAAACUAAGAGAAGUGGUUGCAUCAUACCAUUUCUUCAAAAUUACGCAUCGCGUCUGAUCAAUAUGCGUGUCUUGAAUGUUUAUAUUCGUGCAAAGCAUGCAGAGUCGAAGCUUUUUCGCCUUUGCAAAGCAUUACCUCAAUUACAUAGAUUGGAAGUUCUCAAUCUGAAUUGUAAAAGAAAUUUUAUAGACAAAUCACUUAGUAACUCUAUCGGUGAGUUAUUCACAACUAUUCUGCAACAUCGAAACUUACGCAAUUGCUCACUGAGUCUUUGGAAUUUACAGGAAACCACUUUCGACCGACAAUAUGUUCUUGAUUUACCAUUAAAUCACUCGAUACGAAAUCUCCGAAUCGAUAAUAUUGAGCGGAGGAUUCUCUUUGAUAUUAUUCCAUAUUUUCGUGGAUUACAAUCUCUCGGCGUCCAAUAUCAAACACAAGGAUAUAUUUUUGAUCAAACAGAUAUGUCUUAUCCAAUUCAAUCUUUGUCUCUUCCUGCAUUGUCGCGAUUGAAACUAUCUAUUUGUAAUUUGACAUUUCAACGACUGGAGCUGAUUUGUAAUGCUACGGAUGGCUGUCUUUGUCAUUUAGAUGUGGAUUAUUCUGUUUAUGUUUUCACAAAUCAUUAUGAAGAUUAUCUGGAUUAUUUCGAUCGAGCACGUUGGGCGAAACUAUUAGAAUCUGUCGCAGUUGCUCAUGUUGAUGUAAGGAUUCAUGCGUUGGAUGCUGUUUCCAAAGAUAUCAUUAGUAACAUAGCAAAAAAUGAUCCAUCGAUCAAAUGGAAUGAAAAUCGCACUGUAUCUUCCUAUGCCAGUUUGACUAUUAAAAAGUCUAACUAG